UUCGGCCUUCGUCACGGCCGGCACCGCGCAAGUCCGGGAGAGGGCCCCCGCGGCAUGCUGGGAGUUGUAGUACGACCUUCGUCGCGGUCUGCGACGCGCGAACCAGGGAUGAGGGAGAGGAAGGGUUCUGCUUACCCAAGAAGAAACCGAAACCAGGCAAGUUUUUAUAGAGCAGACGCUCAUGUGCUUCUUACCGUGUGCCCCGCACUGUCCCAGGCACUUUACAAGUGUGAACGCAGUAAAGUUUCUAAACAGCUCUUAGGAGACAAGUACUCUUUUCAUCCCGUUUUACAGAUGGGGAAACUGAGACACACAGAGCUAAUGAACUUGGCGAGGAGCGUCCAGCUCUGAACCACUGUGUUACGUUGCCCCUAAAAACUAGCUUCCCAUUAUCUACUUUUUUCAGUACAGAUUUAUUGAGCACCCACUGGUGUCAGGCAUCGCCUAGGUGCCAGGCAGAGGGACCCAAAGUGGUGCAACCCAUCUGAGCGUCCGACUUCAGAUGGAGGUGGAAUUAGAGGGGUGCAUGGAGAGCUCCCUCCUCCAUACCCCCGACCCUUGACGGGUGGGCUGCCUCCCCCCAGGGCCAUGCGAGGUAGUGGUAAAAGGACCCGACUGACUCAAGUCCCAAUUUACCAGGUGUGCGGCUUUGGACAACUCAGUUAACCUCUCCGUGCCUCAGUCUCCUUAAAUGCAAAAUGCGCUGUUGAGGAUUUGAUGACUUAAGGCUUCUCCUGCUGACCCUGGCGCCUGGCUGGUAGUGAGUACUGUGUAUGCGUGCUUGCUCUCCUACUGCUGCUGCUCUAUCAUGGUUACUGGUCACAGUCCAGGGCCCUGGGCCUUCGUGCUGCUGUGGGGUGCAGCCUGACAGCCUGGACUGGGCCUCCUGCAGGGUGACCUUCCCUCACUCAGGGAGGACAGGCCUCCCUCUGAGUGCCCAGCCCCACUCAGCAGCUCCCCUUCCCAGAGUGUGGGCCACAGAUGUCUCUUCCUCACGGGAGGAAGUCGGUCCUGAGGGGCUGAAGGUCACCAGAAGAGGCACCCACACCUCUGAUCAGGGCACCCCUCAGCAAAGAGGACUCUCAGACACUGACCUUCAUCGGACUUCUGCCAUGUGUCUGCUCCGGGUUGGGUCUGGGGAUAAAGGAGAGCAAAGCAGCCUGCCCUUGGAGGUCAGGUCCUUGGGAUGGGGACAGGAUGCUGCCUGUUGGCGCUGGGAGAAGCUGCAUUGGACCUGGCUGAGGCAUCAGGGCAGGCUUCCUGGAGGAAGCAGUGAUUGGGCUGAGCUUUGAAGACAUUAAGGUGUUAAUCAGACAAAGGCAGAGGGGAGAGUGUUCUGGGCAGAGAGAACAGCAUGCGCAAAGGAUUGGGGUAGGAGGAGAAUUGGGGUAGGAGGCAGCCGGAAUGUUUGGGGCCCUGAAGGAAAAGGGAGCAGGGAUGGAGAUGGGGCCCAACAACUGGAGCUCUCCACCUCUCCCCCUGUGCCUGCAGAGCCAUCCCGAAAGGGUGGAAAUUGCAAGUCCCCAUAGGGUCUGGGGCCCCAAGGAAAGGCUCACUAUGCCCUAACCCCGCCCCCCUUCCUCCCGCCAGCGCCAAUGCCCUCCGGCCCUGACCCUCAAUCUCCACCGAAUUCCAGGCCCUUAGAAAACAAGCCCCUUAUCUCAGUGUCUGGCUCCAACCCUUCUGCUGGGAAGUGGGGGGAGGGGAGCAGAGGCCUCUGUGGGAAGGAAGGGAGGGACUGGGGCAGUGAUGGUGGCUCCCAGGGGAGCAGGGAGAAGGGGGCAAACAGCUGGAUCCCCAGGCACCUCCCAGCCAUGGCAGAACCACUGAGUGACCUUGUGUUUGCAGUCACUUCACAGUUUGCCAAGCCUUCCCCCCUACAGCCUCCCAGCUAAUCCUCACAGCAACCUCGGGGGGGGGGGGGGGGGCUGGGCAAGGGGCUACCUGCCAUUUUUGGGGGCUACCCAAGAAUGCCACCAAAGUGACACAGCUGGUCACCAAACUGGGCAUUCCUCCUCCCAUAGCAGAGCUGUUUCCCAGGAGAGUGGGCUGUUCCUGGGGAAGGCUGGGCCCAGCGGAGAUUGCUUCUGCCAGGUGGCUGCUUACCACCUCCUAUCUUGUCCCAGGGCACCUGGCCACCCCCACCUCGCCUAGUGGUGGCUUCCAGUGCGGGGGUGGGGGGGACCAGAAAGCUCAGGCUAUCAGGGGAGAAGUGGGGGGGCUCUCCCUGGGCCAGUGAGGUCUGUUUCUGAGGUCUUAUCAAGGGGGGGAGACCCUCUGAACAAGGCUUGGUCUCGGGGUUGUGUAGGCACAUGCACGUGUGUGAAUGUGUCUAUGUAUGUAUGUGUACAUGUAUACGUGUAUAAGUUUGUGUGCACGUGCAUGUUGAUAUGUCCACGCAUGUAUGCAUGUACAGGUAUGCAUUUACAUGUGCACACACAUGGGGGUAUAUGUAACUGUGUGUAUAAGUAUUUGUUAUGUAAGUGUAAGGCACACCUCAGAGGUGUUGCAGGUUGGGUUCCAGACCACUGCUAUAAAGUGAGUAUCACAAUAAAGUGGGUCACACAAAUUUUUUGGUUUCUCAGGGCAUAUAAAAGUUAUGCUUACACUACACUGUAGUCUUUUAAGUGUGCAAUAGCAGCUCCGUGGGAAGCGGGUGCACACUGGAGGUGGCUGGCUGCUGGGAUGGCAGAUGAAGAAGACCCCACCUUUGAGGAGGAAAAUGAAGAAAUUGGAGGAGGUGCAGAAGGUGGACAGGGUAAAAGAAAGAGACUUUUUUCUAAAGAAUUACGGUGUAUGGUGUAUGGGUUUGGGGAUGGUCAGAAUCCUUAUACUGAGUCAGUAGAUAUUCUUGAAGACCUUGUCAUAGAGUUCAUCACUGAAAUGACUCACAAGGCAAUGUCAAUUGGAAGACAAGGUCAGGUACAAGUUGAAGAUAUCAUCUUCUUGAUUCGAAAGGACCCAGGAAAGUUUGCUAGGGUUAAAGACUUGUUUACUAUGAAUGAAGAACUGAAACGAGCUAGAAAAGCAUUUGAUGAAGCAAACUGUGACUGUGGCUCUUGACACCUUUUGUACUUUCUGCAGCUUCAUUAUUU